AUGGCCUACAUCAAAUCUGCCGUGACCGUUGUCGUGGCUGCGCUGCUCUCGCGAGUGGCUGCUCAGUGCCCAAACUUGACUCCUGUCUCGCAGCCCUCGUUGGCCGAAGGCUACUCUGCAAGACUUGUCUUGAACGGCCUUGAUUCUCCGCGAAGUCUUCAAUUUGACACCGAGGGAAACCUUCUCAUUCUAGAGCAAGGUGCUGGCGUUCAAUAUGUCAAAUUGACCGACAAUGGCGGAACAGACGUCUGCGCGGCUUCUCAGAAGCAGCUGAUUCCCAACACACAGCUCAACCACGGCAUCGCUUUGUCCGCGGAUGGCAAGACGAUUUACGCAUCGUCUUCCACAGUAGUCUACGCCUACCCGUAUGACGCGGCCGCCGGCACGGUCGGCCAGGCUCGUCCCAUCAUCAACAUCCCGACGCAGACUGGCCACUCGAGCCGAACAUUGUUGAUCCCCAAGAGCAGUCCCAACUUCCUGCUGGUUUCGGUUGGCUCCGCGCCUAACCUCGACCUUCCGACGGCCGAGGUCUCUUCUGGUCGCAGCCAAGUCCGCGCCUUCGACCUCACUACGAUCACCGGCGAUCCCGUUGCUUACAACGAUGGAGAGGUCGUGGGAUGGGGCCUGCGUAACAGCGUCGGUCUCGCAGACAAUGUUGACGGUGGAAUCUGGACGGUCGAGAACUCGCUGGAUAACAUGGACCGGAGCGGUACGGAUGUCCACAACGACAACCCCGGAGAAGAGCUGAACUACCACGGCAUCUUCAACUCAUCAUCCAACGAGUUGAGUGGAGCAAACUACGGCUAUCCCAACUGCUUCGCUGUCUGGGACACCACUACCAUCCCUAAUGUCCAGGUCGGAAGCCAGGUCACCCAGGGAACACCUUCAGGCGACGUGACAGAUGCGUACUGCCAGUCAACACCUGUGGCACCUCGACUCACUUUCCAGGCCCACCUGGCGCCCCUCGAUAUCAAGUUCGAGCCCAGCGGAAAGGCUGCGUACAUUUCCUUCCACGGUAGCUGGUAA